AUGGUGGUGGUGGGGAUGGUUGUGGUGACGAUGGUGGUUGGGAUGGUAGUGGGGGUGGACUAUAUAGUAAUGGGUGGUAACCACGGAAAGAUUGUGGUAGUAGAGGUGGUGGUGGCAGGUGGUGAUGACAAUGAUUGUGGUGGUGGGGACAAUUGCGGUGAUGGCUAUGGUAAGGUGGUGGUGUUUGUGGCAGUGGAAGUGAUGAGGAUGGUGGAGGUGGCAAGGGUGUUGGAGGCUGCGAUGAUGGUGGUGGUUGUGAUGGUCAAGGCAAUGUGGUGGUGGUGGUGGUGA